GCUGCAUUUUCACUGGGGACGAUUUCACGCAGUCCGGCGGCGCUGUGAGCCUUGGGGGCUGCAAAGCCAUUCACGAAGGAGGUGGCAUUUUCUCGCCUGGCAACGUCACGAUGGAGGAGAUGGCCACGCUGACCAUCCGCGACUCCCAUGCAGAUAAAGGUGGAGGCAUCAUGACGACGUGGAUCAACAAGGCCUGGGGGCUGCACGUGUCGAACUGCUCUGCCGCGAGCCACGGCGGCUGUGUCUACGUCAAAGCCGGGGCCGAGCUCGCUGCCCCGCUUUCGUUGAUCGACUGCAAAGCGAAGGGCACGGGUGGCGCCAUCUAUGCCCAAAGAAAGCUCGUGUCGCAGCAGAUCAGCUGCACCCAUUGCCAUGCCCCGACUUCAGGGUGCCUACACCUGGAGUCUGGCGAGGCAAGCAUCGCAAGCCUGAUGCUUCGCAGCGGAUCAGGGCUGGUGCCAGAGUCUCCAAACAUGGUUGCCGCUGGAGAUGAUGCGGUUGUGAAGCUUGGCAGGGUGGACUGCCUCGAAGCACCCGGCUGUGUUCUGCCUGUCGCGCACAUGCGGCUGGCACG